AUGUGGGUUGGCAAAGAAGCCAAUGAGAUUGAGAAGAAGGAGGCAUUGGCAACUGUUCAGGAAUAUCUGCAAACCCACCCCAGUGGGAGGGAGAUUGACACCCCCAUCCUGGUGGUCAAGCAAGGUUUUGAACCACCCAACUUCACUGGCUGGUUCCUGGCUUGGGAUCCUAAGAAAUGGAGCGAAGGGAAGACAUACGAGCAGCUGAAGAAGGAACUGAGAGAUGCCAAUGACAUCAUCAGAAUCACAGCUGAUAACAGACUUGAGACCCUGAGCAGCAGCAGCAGGGGCCCAUUCUAUCCUCUAGAAGUUCUGCUCUCCAGCCAGGACGACUUACCUGGAGAUGUGGAUCCUGCUAAGAAAGAGAAUUUCCUGUCAGAUGAUGAUUUUAUGCGAGUCUUUGGAAUCCCCUGGGAAAAGUUUGCUGCCCUCCCUACUUGGAAGCAACUUCACAUGAAAAAGGAAAGGGGUCUUUUCUGA